UUUGAUACCAUAUUUUACGCGGGGAUUUCAAGAAAAUUCGAAUUUGAUGGAGUCUCGAAAAUAUAGUCAGAGGUGAAAUAACUGUAGGAAAGUGGCAAGAUCUUACAAAAUAACCAGAGCAGCUUAUUCGAAUCGGCUGUUUAUCCAAUCUGAGACCAAAAGAUUGAAUUUAAUGAAGCAUUCAUCUUGAUAUGGCUGACAGUCGCAGAUCAUCAAGAGCCCGAAAAGAGGUGGAUUAUUCAGCUUAUGGUGGAGGAGAAGAAAGUGAUGAUGGUGAUUUCACAGAGCCAACUCCACCAGCUGCAAAGAAAUUAAAAGAAGAUAAAGAGAAAACUAAGAAGACCAAGAGAAAGAGAAGAUCUAGAGACAUCGAUGACGAUUAUGAUGAAUUCAAAGAAACCCCUAGAGGGAAAAGGAAAGAUAGGAAACCAGUUGAAGACCGAAUGUUUGACAGAGAGCUGGAGUUAGCACUGGAGAUGUCCAGACAAGAUUCAAGUCAAGAGACUAAUGAUGGAAUGGAUAGCGCCCACAAGAGGAAAGCCAAGGAAGUGAGCGCAAUUGUCCAUGCAGCACAACCACUAUCAACAGAUUCUGAAGAACAAGAGAAUGAUUUACCAGAACCUGACUGGCUGAACAGAGAACAAGGGUCUACAAGAUCACCCAUCAAGGCUUCACCAACCAAACCUGUGCCUCUCAAGGAAUCUCCAGUCAAGACCUCACCUCAGCGAAAGCCGAAGGUUCAGAAGUCACCGGUAAAGGCAUCCCCCUUGCAUAAGACAAAGGUUCGGAAGUCACCAGUCAAGAAGACUGCUGCGCCGUCCAAACACACACCUUCAUCAAUCACUAUACCUGCCAAACGUACCCCUAGCACCGGUACAUUGAAAAGAUCGGCCCCACCCUCCAAACCUUUGGUAUCGUCAACGCCCAAGAGUAAAUCUAGUGUUGCCUUGACGUCACCAAGGACUGUAGCUCUGAAGAGACCAGCGCCUAGUCCAUCAUCAGCAUCUGGGAACAAUCCCUUGGGCGGUGUCAAGUUGGUCUCACCAGGCGUUCCGAUCCGUCUUGGACUAUCAAAGUUUGCACGCAUUAAACCACUGCAUGGAAACGUCAAAGUAUAAUGCAUUGUGCAAACAGACCCUAGAAAUCUAAUUUGACAUGCAUAUGAUUAUAUACAUUGAAUGAAGAAGAGUAUCUCAAAAGCUUAACUCUCAACGUUUCCACGAAUUGAACUGCUUCAUGGAAAUGCCAAAGUAUUACACCUUGUGCGAACAGACCCUAGAAAUCUAAUUUGACAUGCAUAUGAUUAUAUUCAUUGAAUGAAGAAGAGUAUCUCAAAAGCUUGACUCUCAACGUUUCCACGGAUUGAACUACUUCAUGGAAAUGCCAAAUUAUUACACCUUGUGCGAACAGACCCUGGAAUUUUAAUUUGAUGCACAUUGAAUGAAGAAGAGAAACUUGCAUGCUCUACUCUCAAAGGAUGCACGCAUCAAACUUCUGCAUUGAGAUAUCAAAUGAUAACAGGAUGAGGGUGUGGGAACAAGCUUUGGAAUGCAGAUCUGGGCCCUGUCUUACAAAGAGUUGCGAUUGAUCAAUCACAACUAUGGACGGCCAGCAACGUCAACAUCUA